GUUUCUAAACCCUCGAUCGAGUUAUUGGACGGUUGGAUUACUCUCGAGCUCGAUGGGGCGACAGAGCUGCAUCAAUGGACGACAGCCAGUACUCCUUCUCCCUCACCACUUGCAGCCCUUCGGGGAAGCUUGUCCAGAUCGAGCACGCUCUAAUGGCUGUUGGAUCCGGCCAAACGUCAAUCGGGAUCAAAGCUGCAAAUGGAGUUGUUAUCGCAACUGAGAAGAAAUUGUCCUCUAUUUUAGUGGACGAGACAUCCGUGCAAAAGAGCCAGCUGAUGACAACAAACGUUGGUGUUGUUUACAGUGGGAUGGGCCCUGAUUUUUGGGUUCUUGUAAGGAAAAGCAGAAAACGAGCCCAACGGUAUUACCGUCUGUAUAAGGUACAACUUUAUGCGACAAUUACUAAAAUUGUUAGUCUGAUUGCAGGAUCUUAUGAUUUAUGGUGCCACAGCCACCAAAUGGUUCACAUCAUAUGUGGAGCCUUUUUCUUGUAUACUUGAAGCGGGACAUCAAUCAAAAUUGCAGAAUCGUGUGGAUUUUGAUAUUUACAAUCCUACAUGUUUCUACAUAUUUCUUAUUCCAUGUCUUGUUUCAUACUAAAAUAACUAGUCUCUGCUUGGUUUGAUGCGGUAUAGAGGAAAAUAAAAUAACAGAAAAUUAUGAGGGAAGUAAAAAUUUAUGUGUUGGAUUUCGUUCUAGUUCUGUUUUUCAUGAGAACUAGUUUACAUUGGCGUAUUACAUAGGUAUCUAGAUAUGCUAAUAAAUUGGUGAUUUGGAGUGGUAAAAUUAGUUUUAUAAAAGCUCCUCUGUUGAAUAUGAUUUUGGAGAUCUCUAUAUCUUAUCAUUUCUGAGUAAUUGUUAAAAGCUCAUGAACAACACUCUAGAGUCUGAACAUGUUGUGUCCCCUAGCUGCAACUCUAAGUGCAAGUUAGUUUCAGUGUUAUCACAAAUUUUAAGUUAUUUGAAGAGUUUGUAAAAUCUUACAUUUUUUGACCUGAUCCUAGGUAGUCCCACAUUUAUUAGACUACAGAUUUCUCCUAGUUGAGCUUGCUUUAGUAGAUUUAGAGCAUCACUAUGUGACUGCUCUCAGAGAUGAGGCUUUGAUAGUGUUUGCAUAUUGUGAAUUUCAGCAAGCUACUUUAUUUGAGGUUAUGUUCUUUGUAGGUUAUCUCAAUGUGUUAAUAUUUCUGUAUAUUAGAUCAUCUACUGCGUGUGCGAGACUACAGUGUUUCAUGCAAUCUUUAUUUGGUUUUUAACGGUGCUUGUUUGUGAAGUACCUG